AUGACGACAAUUGAACUCAUAUCAAGUAUGACAAGCCUCACCGAGGGUUUGAAAUCAGAUGAAAAAGACAGAGAUAUGUCGAUUAGCUUUGAGGAAAAAAAAUCGAUGCCUGAGAAUGCUGAUAAAAGUAGGAAAAAGAAAAAAUCUAUGACAACAGAAAGAGAUCAAUGGUCGGGCCCAUUCGAUUUUAUCAUGUCAAUGAUCGCAUAUGCUGUUGGAUUAGGCAAUGUAUGGAGAUUUCCAUAUUUAUGUUUUAAAAAUGGCGGUGGUUCAUUCUUGGUUGUUUACAUAAUAUUUUUCUCACUUGGCGCAUUACCUGUGUUUAUUAUGGAAAUUACAAUAGGGCAGUAUGCACAACGUGGCGCUAUGGAAAUUUGGAAUUUAUGUCCCUUAUUUAAAGGUGUUGGUAUCGGUAAUGUUGUGAUUGCAUUUAUGUGCAUCGCAUAUUUUUGCGUUAUAUCAAGUUGGUCCAUCUUCUAUAUGAUCAAUUCGUUGUCAUCAGUCUUUCCAUGGGAGACAUGCAACAACUGGUGGAAUGAUAAAACUUGCAUAACUGGACAUGAAGAUGCAACAGUGAUAUCUGAAAUUAUUGCAAAUUUGUCCAAAUAUAAUUUAACUACUGAAACGAGCGUUGAGCAAUACUGGGAACGACGAGUGCUGAUGCAAACCGAUUCGAUAUCAAGCUUUGGUGGAAUUCAGUGGGAGCUUCUCGGAAUAAUGACAUUGUCAUGGAUCAUCGUGUACUUCGCACUUUGGAAAGGCAUUACACAAGCUCGUAAGUUUGUGUAUUUUUGCGCGUUAUCACCGUAUUUCAUGCUGGCAAUUUUGCUUGUUCGUGGUUUAACAUUGCCGGGCGCUGAAGUUGGCAUUUAUUUUUACCUAACACCUAACGCAACAAAAUUAUGGGAUAUUACGGUAUGGAAAGAUGCUGGCACUCAGGUAUUUUACUCAUAUGGAGUAGGAUUCGGGACACUGAUUGCGCUGGGAUCGCAUAAUAAGAAAUCUCAUAAUUGCUUCAGAGAUGGGUUUAUUAUGUGCAUCAUAAAUGGAUCUACAAGUUUAAUUGCUGGCUUCGUUGUUUUUUCCAUCCUUGGCUACAUGUCGGUUAUUGUUGAUAAAAAUAUUGCUGAAAUUGUUAAACCAGGACCAGGUUUAGCAUUCUUAGCAUAUCCCGAAGUAGCCAGUAAUCUUCCUCUUAAACAACUUUGGUCCAUGUUGUUCUUCUUGAUGAUUACAAUCCUUGGCCUAGAUAGUCAGAUUUGCAUGUUGGAAGGUUUAUACACCGCCCUUGAAGAUGUUUUCCCACAUUUUUUACGCAAAUACAAGAAAACUUCACUUGCUUUUACUUGUCUGUUCUUCUUCAUUCUUGGCAUCCCAAUGGUUACUUACGCUGGCUCAUAUUGGCUUACUCUAUUUGAUGCAUAUGGUGCUAGUGGUAUUGCAUUAUUAUUUGUCGUAUUUUUUGAAGUUACUGGACUUUCAUGGGGAUUUGGAGCACACAAAGUACGUAAUGCUUUAAAAGAAAUGAUUGGUGUAGAACUUUGGGCAUGCUGGAUUAUUGUUUGGAAAUUCAUUACACCGUUUGUUACUGCUGUUUUGUUCUUCUUCUGUAUUUACAAAUAUCAACCGUUAAAGUAUCCUACCGGAGAAAGCUUUCCGGUUUGGGCUGAAAUAUUUGGAUUUUUUUUAUCUUCUUGUUCUAUGGUUGUUAUACCAGGGUAUGCAAUCUAUUACCUUUUUUCCAGCAAUCUCGACAGUUCCACCAGUGAACGUUUAAGACGUGGUCUACAUCCACCAUCUGAUUUAGAAACCGGAUUGCCACCAUCACUUGCUUUUGAGCAGCAAGAUGUUGAUAUGGAAUAUAUUGAUUGCGAUUGUGCAAAACAAUUGUAA